AUGUCUGAAAGAUCAAAGACGCAUGCGUUAGCAACUAAUCCUCUCUUUGGCGGCAAUUCAGAGUCCCUGGCCUUGUCUGACAAAAUUUUACUCUCGUACAAACGCGCCAUGGCUAUUGCCUCUGCUUAUGAUUUAUCUGUGGAAGACGUGUUGACCUUGUCCCCGAAAUACUGGAAGUUUCAUACGGAUCCAGCUUUGGUCAUGGAUGGUGCAGCUGGCACCCUUCUUACCAUUCACUUCAAUCUGUGUAUCGGCACUCUGGCCAUGCACUCUGGAAAGAGACACGAUCUCAAGCCAAUCCUGCAGCAACUCUUGUCAUUCAAAGUCUCAGGACAAUAUUGUUUGACAGAAGUUGGUCAUGGUCUCGAUGUCUUCCAUCUCGAAACUACAGUGACCAUGUUAUCAAACGGCGAUUUCGUCCUUCAUACCCCUUCCAAUAAGGCAGCGAAAUUUAUGCCCCCAACAGUGCCCUGCGGAAUUCCAUGCAUCGCUAUAGUAUUUGCACGACUCGUCGUCGGCAAUGCAGACCGCGGAAUCAAGCCUUUCUUGGUUCCUAUACACGAUGGCGAACAUAUGCAUGCAGGUGUCCAGUGCAGGUACCAAGUUCGAGAACUUCCUGUGUAUUCUUUUAAAUAA